AUGGAAGACGCUGUUCGUAUUGCUCCAGAAAUCGAAGAGUUUCUUCGUGCUGUGCGUGCCAAAGAGGUAGAACAUUGCAAAAAUCUAUUGAAGCAAAAUCCUUCUCUUUUGAAUAGUGUGGAGGCGGGGGGCUACAGUGCGCUUCACUUUGCAGCCUUCAAUGGCGACGCACCUAUGAUUAAAAUGCUCCUUGAGCAUAAGCCAGAAAUUGAUUUGGAGAACUUCGAUGGAAACGCUCCGUUGGUGAUGGCGGUGAGGGGCCAACAGCUGGAGUCUAUUCGCCUGUUAGUAAAUGCAGGUGCUGAUGUGAACAAGGAAAGUUCCUCAGGAAGUACUGCGAUACACUACGCUGCGUCGAUGGGUUACCUGAAAUGCAUACAACUGCUUGUCGAGCUAGGCUCUAAAACUGUCUUCGAGGGGAAUGAGUCCGGAAGUCUUCUUCAUUGGGCGUGUCAUUCUGGCAAUAUUGACUGUAUUGGCACCAUGCUGUACGUGUACAACAUUCCUGUGGAUAUUACGGACAGUCAUGGUGGAACGCCACUGUUCACUGCUAUUUUUAUGAAACAAUUCGGUUCCGUGGAGUUUCUUUUGGAACAUGGUGCCAACCCCAACAUUGUUAUCCCUGAAGAUGGGACAACACCGCUGCAUAUCGCAGUCGAGCACAGUAGCAUAGGAUACAUCAGACUGCUGCUCGACUGUGGCGCGAAUCCAUUGGCAAAAAAUAAGGAUAAUGAAACACCAAUCGAUGUUGCAACUCGCACUAAAAAAACAGAUUUAUUAAAGGACUUAAAUAAGCCACAGAUAUCUGCCGAAAAACGUGUGGAGGAGGCUGCUCGGUAUAAAAACCAUGGUAACAAAUUUUUCACGCAAGGGGAAUAUGUUAAAGCCACAAAGUUCUAUACUCUGGCCAUACAUUUGGAUAAUAAAAACGCUACUUACUUCAGUAAUCGUGCUGUUUCCUACUUUAAUCAAAAGGCCUAUGAGAGUGCUUACUGGGACUCCAUACGAUGUGUUCAACUAAACCCGUCUUGGCCAAGGGGCUAUGUACGUAAGGGCGCCACAGAGCUCGCACUGAAGAAGUAUGCAGAUGUCAUUACCACGGCUAAUAUGGGCCUGAGCUUCGAUAAAGAUAACAACGAUCUUUUAAACAUGAGAGAGGAGGCUUCGAAUCUACUGAAAAAGGCUUAA